GUUACUUGGUGUCUGCUGACAGCAGGGCAGGUCCCACUUGUACACAGUCUGAUCCCAGUUAUUUUGAAACAGAGGAGAAAUGAAGGACGGUGUAAUUACAAUGCAGUGUCACCAGCUUCCGGGGGACCUGCUGCCUGAACAACAUGCACCCAAGAUGAUUACAUCUAAAAAGCCUUCUGAGGAAUUCAAAUUCUUCUUCAUACCCAAAAAAUUGUCCUCGUACCCCGAAGCUCGACUACGCUCUACAUCAUCAAUAAAGAAGACCGGAAACUGGCUCGCACAAAAACCUUCAGUCCAGCUGGUGUUGGACACACAGAGAGAAGACAUUGAUAUAAAAACACGGAAUAUUUUGGACAAAGAGAAUCAGUACAACCAGAUGCUAGAGGUAUUUUUCAGACAAGAAGACCUCCUUGAAUUACGUCGGAAAGAGAUUCAGCACAAGAGGUGGAGCGACAAUGUUGCAGAACCAUUAAAGAAAAUCAUAGCGCGUCAUGUUGAUGGCGAGUCAAGUGAAGACAUUGAGUGGCGAAGACAGUUUCUACUUGAGCAGUACGAAGAGUACUUAAAAUACUGUAACAGCAAGGGCAGAGUAUUUAGAAGAGAUUAUGAUUCCAUGGAAUACAACCCUUUCCUUUAUCAAUUCUGCAAGAAAUAUCUCAGGGUGUCUACACCAUCGUUUUGUGACCCUCUCCUUUUCCAGAUUCAGAGGAGAAUAGAAGAUGAUCGAAUUACCUUGUAUUGUGAAACCGGUAGAAUACAUUCUGCUAAGGAAAUCAGUGCUUUAAACUUGCCACGUGUACCAUUUGGUCGUCAACAAAUUAGUAGCAAAGAUUGGCUGGAGACUCCACUUACUUUCAUAGAAAGUGAAAUUAGACAAAAAAGCAGACGAAGAAUGAGAGGAACAUUUAAUAAAGUAACGAUGGACUUCAAAGCAUGGAAGGAGGCCAGGCAUUCUCCAGCGUUCUGUAACACAGAGAUCAAAAAGUACCGUAAACCUAAAACUCCAACCAGACCUCCCCCCCUUCCAUCAUCUAAAAAAACCUGAUCUGGUAGCCAGGCAUCUGAAAUAUUAUAGAGGCAACACUUAUUCUCCCCAUCUCAGGCAUUUAAGUUUAGUCAGUAAGGACUAAGAGGACGUAGAAACAUUUAAGGAUAUUAGAAAGGAAGCUUGUACCCAAGUCAAUCACCAGUUGCUACCUUAAUUUGCUUAAUAGGAAUACUGAAUAUCUGUAGUAUGGUAAUGUGAUCCAUUUUAGUGUAA